AUGUGCUGGAAAGUUAUCAUCCAUAAUCUUAGAUGCGACGUGCGGCCGCUCAUCUACGAUGGCAUGUAUGGCAAAUACAUCGACUCAUUCCAGACGCCCACACCAUGCAAAUGCGCUGCCAAGCACCAGGCACGCGUCCAAUGCCAGGACCACGGCUGCUGCUUUCUGACGGAGUAUAUAGAGGCGUGCUCUCAUAAAAAUUGUACACAGACCUACGACAUUCAUCGCUACAAACACCUACCACAGCAGCAAAAAGUCUGGAUGAUCAAUCCCAUCUUUUACACACAGCCCGGCGAUGACUGGGAGCCCAUACAAUAUGUGGAUGUAGCCAUCUUCUCGAGAGACUUGCCACCCCAAUAUAUUGACUGGGCAGACGAAUUCAAGGACGAAUUCACCAAUCUCGUCCUAAAGGGCCGUGAGAUCAACAAGAAGCAUGCGGAGCUCACCCAGAUACACGCCGAAAUCGACAGCGAACGGAAGCUACACGCAGCGCAGCACAGUAUCUUGUGCAAAGGCACAGGCGUGAUCUGCCCGCUUAAACAAAAGCUCAAGGCGGCCGAACAGACGGCGGCGAACUUGAGGUCCGAGGGUCUGACGCUGUCGGUAGAGUUUAAGAGGUUGUGGGCUGAUGUGAAUAAUAGGGUGGUGAGGUAUAUGGUCAUGGAGCAGGUUAAUGAGAUUUUAAGGCUGAGAGGAGUAACAUGA